AUGCCGCGCCUUUACCACCGUACGCAGCUCGGCCUGCCCAUCAAGAGGGCAAUAUGCGAGCACCACGUCGCACACCCGCAGCUGCGCCAUGUCGACCUUGCUCGCUGGUGCUUCACUCGGUUCGGAAUUCAUCCCGACCGCAGCACCAUUGGUCGCGUACUCAAGGGUGCCGACCGUUGGGUGCGCACCGAUGCCGCCGCUGACAACAUCCGCGUCCGCGGCGGAGCUUAUCCGGUGCUCGAGCGCGCCAUGGCCCGGUGGAUCGCCAAUGCGGGACCCGCGGGUGUGCCGCUCACGUUGGCCACUAUCCGCGACCACGUCGCGAACAUGGCCAGCGCUAAUGGUGCCCCGCCCUCCUUUCGCUGCUCCAUCGGCUGGGUCCGUCGCGCUUUGCGCCGUCAAGGAGUCCGUUGCAUGAGCGCGGUCGGCGAAGCCGCGGACCAGGACAUGAAUGCCGUACGUGUCACGAAGGAGAAGUUGCCGCAGCUGUUGAUGCAUCUCGCCGUGACCCCUAGCAACGCGUUCAACUUCGACGAGACCGCGUUGUACAUCUCUAUCCUGCCGCGAAAGACUUACGGAAGCGUUCGCACGGCUGGGAGGAAGAUUGCCAAACAGCGCUUGACCGUCGGCUUCCUCGUCAACGCCGACGGGUCACGCCUCUUCAGGUCGUUGAUCAUUUCGAAGGCGAGGCGGCCACACGACUUCCGCCCCGAUUACAACCCCGAGGAGUACUGCUACUGGCGCCACAACGCGAAGGGGUGGAUGACGAGCUCGUUGUUUACCCACUACGUUGAGCAGCUCGAUGCUGCUAUGUACGCGGAGGGCAAGAAGAUCGUGGUGCUGCUCGACAAUGCAAGCAGCCACACGCUCAAGACCGAGGGCGCCACGACGGAGGACAUGUUCGGGUUCCGCACCGUCGCGCUCGGGAACGUACGCCUCGUCUACCUGCCGCCGAACACGACAUGCUUCACCCAGCCCCUCGACCAGGGCCUCAUCUCCAUGGCAAAGGCACGGUACCGCCAUCACUGGCUCCGCGCCUUCACCCAGGCGUGGUCGGCGGACGGCGCCACGUCUGCUGCUGUUCGCUUCAGGCCGAAUAUGCGAGCCGUGGUGGAGUGGCUUAAUGACGCCUGGAUGAACAUCCCGGUCCGCGCCAUCCAGCGCUGCUGGUGGCGCACGGGAUGUCUGCCGCGCGUGUGGGCCUUGUCUCUCGCGCACGUGGAAACCGGCAACGGCGGCAACUGCAACAACGGCGGCAACUGCAACAACGGCGGCACCGGCGCGGCCGGUGCGAAUGGGGCCGACAUCGGCCUCGACCAGGAGGUCAACGGUGUAGGCCUUCUCAUCGACCGCCUGUGCCUCGGCUCUAGUGCAAUGGCCGCUGAGGCUUUUGUGGGCAUCGAUGAUAACCAGCCCACUUGCGCUGAGCCGGGCGAGGAUCCACUUGCGAGGGAGCCGUUGUCAAGCGAUGCCGCCGCAAUGUGGGAGGCGCCUGCUAACAUGCAGGCGGUGUACGACGACAGCAACCCCGCAUCUCGCGAGGCUCGUCGCACCGCGCGCGCGGCGUGCGAGAUGUUGAUCGGCUACGCGCGGGCGACCUGCAUGACGCCGCGCGACCUUUGCGCGCUUUUUGACAUUCGCAACCCGAUCAUCGUUGCGCGAAUGGAGCGCGCAAGUCCCGCUCUUGAUCUCAACCACGCCCCCCCCCCCCCCCCCCCCCGGGCAGUGACUCACGCCGACACCCCGCCGCCGGAGACCCCUCGUCGCCGCGGUAGGGUGCUCCCGGCGUGGAUGCACGUGCCCACCCCCGACUGGGUGGCGCAGACGGCCCGCCGCCAGGAGCUCAUUGAGGCCGGUGCACCCGCCAUCAUGAGCGGGUACCUGGCUGCCGCAGAGUGGAUGCGGCUGUGA